AUGGGUAGGCCGAGGGUAGCACCAUUGCGGCCCCUUCUGGAGGCGAGCGGAGGGGGCGGUGGGGACAGGCCGCCAGCGAGCUUUUUGCCAGGAUGCGAGCUGUCAUCGUCGCAGGUGGGCGGAGGGGAUGGCGGGGAUAGGCCAGCGAUGGCGCUGUUUGCCGGCCGGGACGAAGGGGCCGGCCACAGCUACAAGGAGGUUGGUUUGGAACUGGCAAUAGCAAUCACAAUCGCAAAUCGCCUAGUACACAGCUCACCGGUUCCUGACAUCGCCUGUCAGCAGCUACUGCGUCCAAGCAUCCCUGAGCGAUCGAGGAUGGUGAGCCUGCAUGAUAUCCGCGAGCAUGUGGCAUCCCUGUUCAUCAUGCUGAACAAGAGGACAGUCAUCUUGUUCCGCAUCGAGUUCCUGGUGGUCCUCGUCACACUGGUGUUCUUCGCCAUGUUCCUAAUGGACUUCUACCGCCGCAUCAUCCACAACUCGUUGAUGAGGGCCGUGUUCAGCGUCUUCGACGCCGUCUCCGACUCCAUCGUUGUCUACCUCCUGGGGGCCAUGCAGACGGCGCCUUUCAAGAACCAGCUGUUCCCGGUCUGGGCGCUCGUGCUCGUCAACUUCCGCUACAGCGCAGACUACAUCUCCGGCUACGGUGUCCCCGACCGCCGGGGGCGAAGGUUCACCGAGUGGAGGAACGUGUUCAAGCUGCUGGGAGCCGCGUUCCUGAAUUGGACGCGCGGGUCCAGCUUCUCGGGUCCGCUGUGGCUGGUCUGGGGUCUGCAGAUAGUGAGGAGCUUCUACAGAUUUCAUUCCCAUACACUGGCGUCCCGCGCCGUCUGGCAUGGCGGGAGCUCGGAGCUUGUCGCAGAGCACAUGCGUGCCAUGCAUGAGCAUGGUGACCAAGUGAGCAGCAGCAGCCGAGGAGAAUUAUUCAACCCAGUGACGAUGGAAGGCUACAGGUACUUGGUGUACCGAGAAACAAAGCAGAAGAAAGGAGGAUUCAGACUGAAGAAGCCUCAGUAUGCAUUGUCUACCGACCAGGAUCAGCAGGAUGCUACCAAGAAGAAUAAGAAGACGUCUCCGCCGCCACUGAUCACGCUGGACAAGAUCUGGGAGUACUGCCCCAUUCAGCAGCAGCCACACGACCAGCAGGUGCAGGGUAAUAAGGUCGUUGUGAAGAAGGACCUCCCUCUGGCCUUCCCCUUGUCCAGGCUGCUGCGGUGCAGGUUCGAGGAUGUCACACUGCAACGGUGUAUAUUUGACACAAACCGGGAUCUGGUGAAGAGCAUCAUUGCUGGGAAGGUGGGUGCCAGCGAUGCCCUCAGGAUCAUGGAGCUGCAGCUAGCCUUCGUCCAUGACUACUUCAACACCCGCUACCCCAUGAUCUUCUGGUGUGGCCUCCCAUCCCUCUUCUUCAGCCUGCUUCUGUCCGUUCUGACCAUGGGUGCUGUCGUCUGGCUUGCUGUGGACAUCCGUAAGGUCUUUAAGCCCCGCAGUGGCGAGCUCGCCAACCUGGUGAAGGGUUUCAAUGUCGACACGAUCAUCACAUGGUUAUUCAUUGGCUUGAUGAUUGUCAAGGAGAUAUGGGAGAUGCACACCUACUUACGUUCAGACUGGACAAGCUUAAUCAAGGCGUGCGAGCAUGUGCAACGCAAGUCCGAGACCGAGAGGACCAAACAAUCAAUAGACGAUACAUGGAUGUACUGCAUUCUGCUAUAUAUUUCCAGAUCUAAUAAGGUCACUGAUAGGAGGUGGCAUGGACAUAUUGACCAGUAUGUCUUCGUGGAGUCCUAUGAUGAUAGGCCAAGGUUUUGGAACCUCAUCCACAACCUGACCACGGGCAUUGUUCCAAAGAAGGAGGAUGGCGCAAAGCUCGGCAGCGCCGUCCAAGUCCCGGACUGUGUCAGGCAGAAAGUCCUGGAGAAGCUCAGCGAGCUGACCGAGGAUAAUGGAGAUGGACGGGCAGGUCGUCGUGGCCAGCUGCUGCCCGGGUUCAUCAAGACGUUGUCCGACACCAGCCUUAGCAUGGAGAUGCAGAGUGAUGGCAAGACGGAGGAGAAGAAGCAGCAAGUGAAUGGGAAGUUGCGUGCAGGCAACCUCCGGAGAGCAUACAUCAUUGCCAAUAGCUUGUCGCGGUACUGCACGUACCUGCUAGUAUCAAAGCCUGACCUGAUCCCUGAUAGCUUCCUUGUCCCCAAGAUAGUCUUCCAGAAAGCCGUGAGGAGUGCUCGUGAUGGCAUUUUCAAAGGCACUGGUUCAUUACAGGAAAGGCACAAGGCACUCAAGGCACUCAUGGACGAAGCAGGUAAGGCACAAGGCACUCAAGCACUCAAGGACGAUGGCGCACAAAGAGAUGAGGAGGACGUGCUGAAACAAGGCGUCGCACUGGGCAAGGAGCUGCUGAGGCACCCCACCGAGGAAGGCCGCUGGGAGAUCCUCGCAGACGUGUGGACAGAGCUGCUCAUACACACUGCGCCCACGAAGAAUGCACUGGCACACAGGAAGUGUCUCUCUGCAGGGGAGCUCAUAACCCACGUCUGGGCAUUGCUCUGGCACUGUGGCAUCCAAGAGAGCAGCUUGUGGCCAAAGGAUACUAGCCCUGAAAACAAUGAGCCACAGCCACAGGUGGGGAACGGUGGCGGUGAUGGGGCUGCUGCUGGGAUGAUCGAGAAAAGGCGAACUGGAGGAGAUGCUAUGUGGGAGAGAGACCACAUUGGGAUCACCAUUGAUGAAGCACAAGACAACAAGGACAAGGAGAAGGGAGCCAAAGAUCUUGAGGCAGGCGACUCAAGUACUACAAGUACAGGACUACUGAAGAUGGAGGGAACUGAAAGCUCGGAAAUUGAGGAGGUCUAUGGGGAUGCGACCACAAAUGUUCAGAGAGGCAUGGCUAGGCAAACCCAAAACGAGCGGCAGUGA